CUGGGCUGGCCCCUGUGGCCCUGAGCUGGGCAGCACCUCAUCUCCAGGACCAUGGAUCAGCACGGUGUCCUCAUCCCACUUCAGCGGCGCCGGCUCAGCACCACCUCAGCACCGCUCCGCAGCCCCUGCCUGCCACGGUCAGCUGUGCCCCACCUGGUCUGCUGCGGAGUCCCCAGCCCAGUGUCUAGCCCAGUGGAGCCACCGCCUGUUCCUCGGGAAGGUUGAGUGGGACCUGACCGGCCAGGUUACCUCCUCCAAUCCUGUCAGGCUAGUGCCUCCCUGCCUCCCAACCUUGGCUCUCUCCUACCCUCUCCUUUCUUCUCCUUGCCUGGCCCCCUGAAUCCUAUCUUAGCCCCCUCAGCCCCCUGACUGACCCUCUCUCGCUCCUUUCAAGCCUCUGUAGCUGGCCCCCCUCCUGGGUUCUGGCCAUGAAGCCCACCUCAGGCCCAGAGGAGGCCCGGCGGCCGGCCUCCGACAUCCGCGUGUUUGCCAGCAACUGCUCGAUGCAUGGGCUGGGCCACGUCUUCGGGCCAGGCAGCCUGAGCCUGCGCCGGGGGAUGUGGGCAGCAGCCGUGGUCCUGUCAGUGGCCACCUUCCUCUACCAGGUGGCUGAGAGAGUGCGCUACUACAGGGAAUUCCACCACCAGACUGCCCUGGAUGAGCGAGAAAGCCACCGGCUCGUCUUCCCGGCCGUUACCCUGUGCAACAUCAACCCGCUGCGCCGCUCGCGCCUAACGCCCAACGACCUGCACUGGGCUGGGUCUGCGCUGCUGGGCCUGGAUCCCGCAGAGCACCCCGCCUUCCUGCGUGCCCUGGGCCGGCCCCCCGCACCGCCCGGCUUCAUGCCCAGUCCCACCUUUGACAUGGCGCAACUCUAUGCCCGUGCUGGGCACUCCCUGGACGACAUGCUGCUGGACUGUCGCUUCCGUGGCGAACCUUGUGGGCCUGAGAACUUCACCAUGAUCUUCACACGGAUGGGAAAGUGCUACACAUUUAACUCUGGUGCCGAUGGGGCAGAGCUGCUCACCACUACUAGGGGUGGCAUGGGCAAUGGGCUGGACAUCAUGCUGGACGUGCAGCAGGAGGAAUAUCUACCUGUGUGGAGGGACAACGAGGAGACCCCCUUUGAGGUGGGGAUCCGAGUGCAGAUCCACAGCCAGGAGGAGCCGCCCAUCAUCGACCAGCUGGGCUUGGGGGUGUCCCCGGGCUACCAGACCUUUGUUUCUUGCCAGCAGCAGCAGCUGAGCUUCCUGCCACCGCCUUGGGGCGACUGCAGUUCAGCAUCUCUGAACCCCAACUAUGAGCCAGAGCCCUCUGAUCCCCUGAGCUCCCCCAGCCCCAGCCUUCCCUAUACCCUAAUGGGGUGUCGCCUGGCCUGCGAAACCCGCUACGUGGCUCGGAAGUGCGGCUGCCGAAUGAUGUACAUGCCAGGCGACGCGCCAGUGUGCAGCCCCCAGCAGUACAAGAACUGUGCCCACCCGGCCAUAGAUGCCAUGCUUCGCAAGGACUCAUGCGCCUGCCCCAACCCGUGCGCCAGCACGCGCUACGCCAAGGAGCUCUCCAUGGUGCGGAUCCCGAGCCGCGCCGCCGCGCGCUUCCUGGCCCGGAAGCUCAACCGCAGCGAGGCCUACAUCGCGGAGAAUGUGCUGGCCCUGGACAUCUUCUUCGAGGCCCUCAACUACGAGACCGUGGAACAGAAGAAGGCCUAUGAGAUGUCGGAGCUGCUUGGCGACAUUGGGGGCCAGAUGGGGCUGUUCAUCGGGGCCAGCCUGCUCACCAUCCUCGAGAUCCUAGACUACCUCUGUGAGGUGUUCCGAGACAAGGUCCUGGGAUAUUUCUGGAACCGAAGGCACUCCCAAAGGCAUUCCAGCACCAAUCUGACCUCCCACCCCUCCUUGUGCUGUCACCAAGACUCUCUCCGCCUCCCACCGCACCUGCUACCUUGUCACACGGCUCUAGGCCUGCUGUCUGUGUCCUCAGAGCCGCACCCUGACAUCCUGGACAUGCCUAGCCUGCACGUAGCUUUUCCAUCUUCACCCCAAAUAAAGUCCUAAUGCAUC